AUGGCCACAACCACAAGCAGCACCGGCACUUCUAAUCCUGGCAGCUGCACGUCCAGCAGCACAGGCAGCUGCAGCCUCCCCAUGCCUGACAGUUCGGACUCCAGCCGUCGCUCACUGUCAGACGCGGGCAGGAAGCGGCUGUCCAGCUUCCCGUCCCGGCAGCGGCGGAUGGGCCCAGCGCCCCUAGCCUCAUUCGAGGACCUCAGCAUGGAUAAGACAACGUCUGACUCCAGCCCUGAGGAACGCACACAUCUCCCAGAUAUCGGCGAAGAGACAUCUACAGCGACCACACCAGUAACGCCCGUGGCCAAGACGGCCCUCAGCGUCCCGGCCUCCCCAAGAAUUCGCGUCUCAGCAGCGUCGUCGUCGUCGCCGCACGAGACAGAUUCCAAGGAGUCCACCCCCGAGAAAGAACUGUUUUCGGGUUACGCCAAGUCCGGCUUCUGCGAAGACAUGGCGGCGGAUCUGCAUUCCAGCACGGAGGAGCUGGAUGCCGACGAGGAGGAGCAGCAGCGCAAGCGGAGGGACCGCGCCUGCAAGCUGGCGGAGCUGGAGCGACGGGAGGAGGCUCUUCGCACGGCGGAUCUCAACCGCAAAGGAUCCUCGUCCUCGGUGCUCAGCGAUGGCCUCCUGCCCGUCACCAGCGGCCACUCCAGCAGGCUCUCCUCCUUAGGCUCUAUAGGCUCUGCGAGACGAUCACCCUCGCCUCACAAGAUGCUUUUAGAAACCUCCUUUUGUGGCAGUCGACCCAUCCAGCAGCCCAGCAUUGACCUGGAAGAUCCCCCAGUCACCACCACAAAAAUCAUGAAUUUCACCGUAGAGAAAAUUGAGCGAGUCAAGUCGCCCAUGGAAGCGCGGCCUCCUGACAUCUUCCGCUCGUCGCCAUCGACCGUCCUUCCCCAGAGGCAGGAGGACAUCAUCAUGGCGGUGGAGGCCAUCCCCGCCUCAGAAUUCCAGCCAAGCAAGUCCGAAAUCCUGAUGGCUGUGCCGCCUCCCAGGAAGCAAGUGGAGGCACAGACGGCACCCAAGAAGCUAGAUGCUGUGAGAGACUCGCAGGACAACACUGCCAAACCCAGAUCCCCCAGAGAGCAAAAAUCAACGCAACCACCCAAGUCGCCUCAAGCAGUACAAGCCACCAAGCAAGCACAGCAGGAGAAGCAAGCGGACCAACUGGAACCACAACAACAACGACAACCGCUGUCAUCACCCCGCUCACCACGAUCGCCAAGAAUGCCCAAGAAGGUUCCUGUGCCCCAGGUUCCUGAUCUGAAGGACCUCCCGAAGACGUCUCCAACUCCUUCUGCAUCCUCAUCAGCCGCAGUCACUGCCACGACUCCCGAGCACCCGAACGCGCGCUCCUUCUCCACCACUCCCACGGCGUCCCCAAGAGCCUCCAGAAGACGGCGGACGAGAGGAGAAGACAUGGAAAGCGGGUCUUCCUCUCCCUCAGUCUCAAGAAAAAGUUCCUUUUCGAAUCUUUUCCGAAAAUCGGACGCUGUCAUGAGCCCUGUCACGCCUGACUCUCCAGGAUCUAGUGGACGCAAAAGUCCUUUCAGUCAGUUCAUCAAAUCGGCUAAGAAAGAGUUCCGGUCCAGGAGCAGGUCGAGAAGCCGGAGUAAGAGCCGGGAGAGAGAACUGGAGGAUGACACCCAUGACAGGAGGGGGGUGCUGUCCAUUUUCAGGCCCAAGACGAAGAAGAAAGACUCGGAGAAGACCACAAAAGGCAGUGAGAAAAGCAUUUCUUCCUCUGACGCUAAGCUCAAUGAAGCCAUCACAAAUGUUGAGUUUACUUUUAACGAUGACGGUAAAUACCAGCCCUCGUCCUUCGGACUUAUCAGACAGGAGAGCGAAAUGAGCAGAGCCAUCAAAGAGCCCCUGAGAGGAGUCCCGCCGCCGUCGGAGGGAGAACCCGAGGCGCCGAAGCAGGACAUGAUCUCCUCCAGGGACAGCUCCUACAAUGAACUUUCCUCCAUCAUGAGUCCGGACGGAAAACCUGCCGAAAAGGCCGCACCUCCAGAGACCAAAGACGUUUCAGAGAAGGACAAGAGAGAGCAAAUAGACGACGAUGAUGUCUUUGAAAAGCCCGCCGAGGUCAAGCCAACGAUACCCUCUCCGUCAAUAGACCGGGCUCAGAAAGAGAAGAAGUCUGAAGAACCUGUGCUCGAGAAGCCGCACUUGCCGCCGAAGCAGAAGGACCGGCCAGAGGAGCUGACUGUUGCUGCGCCCGACCAAUACGAUGCCGACUCACGAUCCGAGUCCGAGCGCGAGUCUGAAAUCGAGUACCUGAAGACCAAAGCCAAGCAGCAGCAGGCAGCAGAAUCUGGCGUUCCUUUAGACUCCCCCGACGUGGAGAACAAAGGCUUAGUCUCUCAGGACUCCGGCGAGGACGGAGAAUUGCCAUACGUGCCCACAACGCUACCCACAGAACGUCCUCUUGCAGCGCCCAUCAUUCCUGUGAAGGAGCGGCCUCCGCACCUCCGCACAACACAGUCCAUCGACCGCCCUCGCAGCACCACGCCCCUCAUCACAGGUCUUUUGGAGGAGUACAAACAAGUAGCGGGGACGCCGGAAGGGGAGCCGGAGAAGAUGAUGAUCAACAUUCCCCAGAGCGGCCCUGUGAAGGUGCUGCCCACCAAGAGCCCGAAGAGACAGACUUCCAAGAGCUGGGACGACUUCUGCCAGGAAGGGCUGCGCAGCCCCCGGCAACUACGGAAACAGUACCGGGAGGCGAGGAUGAAAGUUUCCGAGGACGACAUCCCUCCUCCGCUCCCGCCAAAGGUGCGGUCUCCCGCGCGCUCUCCUGUGUCGCAGCCGCCUCCGACGCCGCCCGCCGAGUCCCCUACGCAGGACACCGGCUCCUCCAGAGGGACGCCGGACGGAGCUAAGAGCUGGAUUAACUUCGACGAGAUGCCAGAGAUCGUCCUGAAGCCCGUGCGGCAAAUCAAAACGGUUCCGCCGAGACAUUCGUCGCAGCAGAAGCAGGAGCAGCGCGAGGCGAAACCGCAGCUCGAGAAGGCUGAGCCGCAGCGCGUGGUGGAGAAGGUGCAGAAGGACUGGCGGGAACCACUCACGCAGGAGCCGCGGUCGCAAGAGGAGAGAAAACCGCUGCAGGAGGAGCCGCGCCGGCUUCCGCCUCCCUUGCCGGCUCCCCUGAACCACGACCUCUUGGACUCGGACAGCGCCCGCACGCCCUCCGAGGCCUCCACGCCCGACAAGAGCUCCGACCGCUCCUCGGACAGCGACAAGCCCACGAGCCCGUCGAGCGAGGAGGGUAACACGGUGCGGGAGCGCCUCGAGGAGAUCAAGAAGGGCGGCGACGAGGGCGAGAACUCCGACCUGGAGAGGCUGCUGGCGCCCGUCAACGAGUGCAUCAACAGGCUGUCGUCGCUGUCGUCGGAGCCGAGCAUGAUGGAGCGCAGGUCGCCCAUCCCGGACAACUGGGCCGACUUCCUGCUGCCCCCCCAGCCGGGCCGGAGGUCGCGGCUCUCCUCCCUGGGCUCCGACGCGGGCUCCGUCGGCGGCCGCUCGCCCUCGCCCUCCUGCAUGCUCCUCGAGACGUCCUUCUGCGGCUCGGCGCCCAUCGACGACCCCGCGGCAGCCGAGCCCGACGUGCCCAUCCCCAUCGCCCGGAAGCUGAGCGGAGUGUCCCUGGGGGAUCUGUGCCCCUUCACCCCGAGGGAGAGGUCGCCGGGGCUCAUCCCGUGUGCUGAUAGGACCUCGAUACUCAGCGAUUCCUCAGCCGAAGGCGGGGGUUCGCCCAAGGAAUCGGACUACUACACCCGGCACCACAGCGAGCCGCAGCGGAGCCAACCGGGGGCGGGGCGGCAACUCAACCCGUUUGGCAUGGACUUAGGCGUGAGAAGCAAUCGUUCGUCAGUUGUGUCUCAGGACCAGGUUGGAAAGUAUGACCAUUGA